AUGUCGGCACCUAUGGGCCCUAUCCUUCAGCAGAUCUCAACCCUCCCUGCCCGCUCAAGGCAGGGCCUGAGUAACUUGCGUCAGCGACUCUUCCAGCAAGGAGAGAGACAGGGCAAGGAAGCCAACCUCCUUCGAACCUCCCUCAAUGUUCACCGUCCAGUGUGGGUGACUGCUGGCGGUGGCAUGUACACCAGCAUGGCCGCUGUCUACCUUACAUUGCGAUACAUGAAGCGUGUUGCGCGGUAG